AUGAAAUAUAUAUUGAAAAAUAAACUUGAAAAUGAAUUCAUUAAAACAAAACAAGAUUUAAUAACAAUAUUAUCAAAAUGGCCGCCAAAAAUUUUAAAGAUAUUAGAAUUACAUAUUAAAAGUGGACAUUUUAAAGGUAUACAAAAAGUGUUCAAUUUAUGCGCAAAUAAUAAAAAUAUUAUACCAAUUCCAAUUGAAUCUAAUGAUUUUAUUUUAAUCAACCAAAUUUUUGUAUAA